UUCUGGCUCGACCAAAACUCCAAAAAAGUACGGAACUGAAUUCGCCACCAAAAAAGUAGCGACCAAAUAAACCUGCUUGCUACAGCUGAAGUAGAGAGAUUAAAAAAAACCUAUCCCCCCUAUCGACUGCAAAAUCCAAUCUCCCAUGGUGCCCAUUUGAAUCGAGCCAGCGAUUUCCGGCGAUUUCUAGCGAUUUCCAGGCGAUCGGUAUGGGGACGCUUUCUAGGUUGCAUUUUUGGAGGCGGAUACUGCGACCACAAGCCCACGUGCGUUACAUAACGGAGGCCAAAAAGAUUCAGCUCCGAACGGGGCCCUCUUUGCAAGAUUUCCUUCUGCAGAGCUCUGACCCCAACCAGGCGCAGCAGGAUAUUUAUGUUGCAUCGCGAAGCGAGAAAAUUCCCUACGUGUCCCCAGAGACACUAAAGGGACGGAGGCGAAAGGUGUUCUUCGAAGUGUACGGCUGCCAAAUGAACACGAAUGAUACCGAGAUCGUGUGGUCGAUCCUGAAAUCGCACGACUAUCAGCGCACUGUUAACAUCAAAGAAGCGGACGUUGUGCUCAUGGUCACGUGCGCUAUUCGUGAAGGAGCGGAGGACACAGUCUGGAAUCGGUUGAAGCAUCUGCGGCUCAUGAAGCGAAACCGGGAAGCCGAUGAUGCCGAGAAGCCGCUACAGAUUGGCGUUCUGGGUUGUAUGGCGGAACGAUUGAAACAGCAACUGGUGGAAAAGGAACACUCUGUCGACGUUGUGGCGGGACCGGAUGCUUACAAGGAUCUGCCCCGCCUGUUAACUAUCGGGCAGCGAGGGCAGAAGGCUAUUAAUGUGCUUCUAUCGCUGGACGAAACGUAUGCAGACGUUGUGCCGGUCAAGCUGGACCGUAAAUCGAAGACAGCUUACGUAUCGAUCAUGCGUGGAUGCGACAACAUGUGUACGUACUGUAUUGUGCCAUUUACCCGCGGCAAGGAACGAUCCCGACCUAUAAGCUCGAUCCGGGACGAAGUGUUAAAGCUAGAGGACGCCGGCAUCCGUGAAAUAACGCUUCUGGGACAAAACGUUAACAGUUACCGAGAUACGAGCACCAGCGGUCUAUCGGAAGCAACGAGUGGGCAAAAAGAAGCCUCGUUAUUGGCGCCAGGUUUUCGCACCGUUUAUAAAACGAAGAUUGGAGGCCUGCGGUUCGGAGAGUUACUAGCGGAGCUAGCAGAGUGCGUUCCGGAAAUGAGAAUUCGAUUUACCUCGCCCCAUCCGAAGGAUUUUCCACGCGAUGUGCUGGAGACGAUCGGCCGCUACCCAAACGUUUGCAAUAGCCUACACUUACCGGCUCAAUCGGGUAAUACGGCGGUUUUGGAACGAAUGCGGCGUGGCUAUUCUCGUGAGGCUUAUCUGAGUCUCGUAAGCGAGGUGCGGUCCGUUAUUCCUAACGUGACUCUUUCGAGCGACUUCAUCUGUGGAUUUUGCGGUGAAACGGAGGCCGAGUUUGCUGAGACAGUUUCGUUGAUCGAAACGGUGGGCUACCAUGCGGCUUUCCUGUUUGCGUACAGCAUGCGCGAGAAGACCACAGCGCACCGUCGAUACGUGGAUGAUGUCCCGGAGCACAUUAAGCAAGAACGGUUACGACGAAUGAUUGCAGCAUUCCGCAAAGAGGCGUACAGGUUGAAUGAGGAAUUUGUAGGCCGCACAGAGUUGAUUCUCGUCGAAGGGUACAGCAAACGUUCGCGUGCCGAUCUAGCUGGACGGAAUGAUGGAAAUGUUAAAGUAGUACUCCCCGCGGGGCCAAUAAGAUCUAGUCAGUCUGCCACCCGUGACGAUUUAAAACCGAUCGGAGUGGGAGAUUAUGUGGCGGUACGAAUCAACACCGCCAAUUCGCAGAUACUCAAGGGGGAUCCUUUGCACCACACGACCAUUCAGGAGUUCUAUUCGUCCUGCUAACUGCCAGAUAAAGCACUC